AUUACAUUGAAGCCCGGAAUGAAUACGAGUAAAACCCGCUUCGUGAUGUGGAUUUGGAAUACUAUUCGUUUCACUGGUCAACCUUUCUGCUGAUCCACUCCAGCCAUCCCUACUCGGAAUCUGUGUAUAAAUGUGUGUGCGAGUACGAAAGUGUUUGUGGGGGGGGGAGAAUACACUAAGUGAAUUUUAAACCGUCUCCCAGCCCAACUGUCCUCGGGCGAAGAUAGAGCGCCGGAAGAAAAAUAGUGCCAGUGAACCCUUCCUGCGAGCCGUGCACGUGUGAAACCGGCUCUAAGCGUCGUAAAAAGCUUCCUGCUUUUGCUCGGAAAGAUCCAGCCCCAAAAGGCUCCUUAAAUAGCCUUGGCUUGAAAAACGAAAAAGAAUUGCCACCCAUUAGUCACAAUCAGGGAAAAGUGCGCUUGGAGGGGGGUCAAUCAGGGAGUGUAGAUUGGAAGUGAAAAUCAAGUGUCGGUUAGGUUGCCACGGAAGAGACACUGAGGCAGUCCCAACCACUCGACGAGGAUCGAGGCCAAAGAAAGCAAGUGACCUCCAACAUCAUCGUCUAGCUGCGGGGAAAUUGUGAUUUAUAUUAUUUGUGUCCAUAUUUUUCGAGCCGAGUUCUGUACAGUUUUCUUGUUCUCAUUUUUUAUCUUCCGGCGUAGUGACCUGCUACGGGUUUUGCUCGACAAAUGAGUUUUAAAAAGGGCAGGAGAAAAAAAGAACUGGCCGCUACGAGAAAGCCGACGACAAUCGCCAUCUACUCCGACACGGCGACAGAGUGUAAAGCGGGAAGAAAGUGUAUAUCAUUAUUAAUGCCACUUCUUAUUUCGCCUAAUUUUUUAUCGCUGUGUUUUCACAUUUUGGGUUAAAUGUCCUGGCCGAGGUGAGACUCGCUCGCGCAAGAAAGUUUCCCUAAUGAGGGUAAUAAAUCGACGCGGAAAAGAACACGGAAUGCGUGUCACCGUGGCAAAACAAGCGCCCGAAUAAACCCCGGCAUCAUCCUAAACGAGGUCGCAUCUAUCACGGCAAUCGCGACCUUCGGAGUAGAAGCAAAGCUAAGGAGAAUAACCCCAAUCACGCGAAGGACGGCCGCUCGUGCAUAAAACAGAAGCAGCAGAAUCAAAUUAAAACAUACGGCGAAUUCGAAUCUUCAAACACCACCUAUAACGGGAAGCGAGCUGUGAAACUAGAAAAAAAAUGAACUCAUUCGUAAUCACGGCCCGGCUCAAAUCACAAAGGACAUCCCCUUGGUGCUGGUGGUGGUGGCGGACACUGACGAUGGUGGUUUCCCUGGUCCUGAUGUGCAACGGUCGGCUAGUGUGGGCGGUGGCCGAACCGGUGCCGCAGCGUAGAGGCACCGCAGAACAUGGGACAGGGAGCAGUAGUGCGACAAGUGGUAGUAGCAGUAGCAGCAGCAGCAACGGUCAAGAUGGGACCGAUCGAGGGCAUUUGUACGGCAUCCCCUCGCUAUCGUCAUCGUCGUCUUCAUCGUCUGUUGCUGCUGGCACCGUUGGAACAUCCUCCGCCUCCUCGCCGUCGGUGGCGGGGGUUCAAACGGCCGGUUCUAAUGCGGACAAGCCGUACUUUGACGACAUCAACGCGCGGAACGUAACCACAAUGCUGGAGGACACCGCCGUACUCAAGUGCCGCGUCAAGCACAAAGGCGACCGAACGGUGUCUUGGAUGCGCAAGCGGGACCUUCACAUACUGACGUCCAACAUCUACACCUACACCGGAGAUCAGCGAUUUUCGGUGAUCCAUCCGCCGGACUCGGAUGACUGGGACCUGAAGAUUGAAUACGCUCAGCUGAAGGACAGCGGCAUCUAUGAGUGUCAGGUCAAUACGGAGCCGAAGAUCAAUCUGGCGGUGUACCUGGAUGUGACAGAGGAUCGAGAUUUCGUGCAAGCAUCGGGCGGCAACCUCUUCAUGGGCACCACCGGACUAGACUUUCUCUCGACAGCAGCCCGGGCCAAAAUCAUCGGUUCCCAGGAGGUGCACGUGAAGAAGGGCAGCACCAUCUCGCUAUCCUGCGUGGUCAACGUGCUGGCGUCGUCCAUUUCAUGGUACCACGGUUCUUCGGUGGUUGAUUUCGAUUCAGCCCGCGGUGGCAUCAGUCUGGAAACGGAAAAAACCGAAACCGGUACGAGCAGCCGUCUAAUGCUGACACGAGCCACGCUGCGAGACUCGGGCAACUACACUUGCGUCCCAUCGGGUGCCAUCUCCGCCAGUGUACAGGUUCACGUUCUGAAUGGUGAACAUCCAGCUGCAAUGCAGACAAGUAGCGGAGUGGUGCUUUGUCCGUCACGAUACGUGCUAGUUUUUCUACUGCUAGCAAUCCUAAAUAGUUGUAAUUUAAGUAAAUUAAUCUACUCCAUAUCAACAACCCUACUCGGCACGGAAAGGCAACUGCGUCGUUCUGCCGUGCUGGCGGCGAAGACAUCAGUCAGUAGACUUGUGGCCAGCCAUCUGCCCUUCUGCAGAAGCAACAGUUGUGAAAUCCGAUCACUGUGCACCAGCAGAAGCAGCAGUUGCACCAGCUCACGAAUCAGUUCUCAAAGCUUAAACAAAGCACCGACGUUUUUGCAGCAAAGAUGAUCCCUACGCUAGCUAGAAUACCGUUAAUCCCGUCCUGGGAAAUCCUGCUAGAAAGUAAAAACUACUUUGCCGUCAUCACCUCAUCCAGGUCACACUCACCCUCAGCACCUCCCCCUUUCGGCACAUCAUGAAACAACGGUCAUCCUUAUGAAUAAUAACACGAUUACCAACUAAACUGUAGUAAAUAAGCGUAAGUAAGCAGUAAGCUCAUCCCGACGGACUCCAUGUAGUCGCCGGAAAAAAAAGAAUGAAGUUUACAUACAAGAAAAACUAAUGUUAGUCUAAUAGAAAUGAAAUGAACUUUUUCUACUACUCAGCUCCUGUAAUUCCUGGAACGUUCGUACGGAGUAUAGCUGGGCAUUGGACGAGGAGAAAAGUGACAAUAUGUUUGGUUCAGCUCAAUAAAAAACUUUAAUUAAGUGGAAAUGUGACGACCUAAUUGACCUUAUUGCAUUGCCAAAGUAAACAGCACACGAAUACUUGUAGGGUAUUGUAGGGCAAGAAGGGACAGUGCGGGUUUUAAGCAGCGUAUUCUUUUAAACACAAAGAUUAUGCCUAUGUAAGAAGAAUAAUUUGUUUCUACUUUAUUGUCACUCGAUUUGAGGAUAAAAUUUCAUUUUGGUAGAGUAUGACAAGAAAAUCUAUUGUUCAGAUAUGUUUCUUAUGCGAAACACACUUCCUAUAAAACAUGUAAUCUAAUCGAUCAAUGUAAAGUUUGAACUUUUUUUUUUAUUCUUUUCCUUAUUAAAUAGGCACCGCUACGGUCCCGAGAUCUUAUAUGGUAUUGUGCUUUACAGAACAGGCCCGAGCUAAGCUGUCCUUUUUGGCGUAUGCAUCACCAACACAAAAUAACGCACGUCCAAAUUGGAAAAGCUUUACAUCGUAAAACAUCCAAUGUCAGCCUUGAUCAAUAUGUAAUUUUAAUCAGGGACUUGCACCAAAUAUAAUUUAUCAGUUUUAUUGAUUGAAAACUUAUUUUAGGCGAUCAAUACUGCAUCGAGAUCAUAAAUUUACUUUUUAUUGCACAGUGAACAACAUGAACGGAAUUCAAAAGUAAAAUCUGUGGAUAUUUUUGAUU